AUGACACCUGCGGUGACACGUCAACGUCUCGUCACCUUGAAGGAAGCCUUUGCCACUUGCCAGAAGCUCGACAGUCGAAUCGGGCUUCAUGCGGACGAUGACGACAAAGCAUCGCAUACCUACUUCACAAAGAAUUCGUUUCUGGAAUGUGAGGACUGCUACAACGAGGCUGCCGACUACAUGGCUGAGGUAUUAGAGAGCUACGAAUCCCGCAUCCCUCCCGCUACAUCAUCACAAAACGUAAGUGGCUUGCAUGAUGUUUUCCGACCCGCGUCGCAUCUUCCGAGGAUCAACCUACCGACCUUCGACGGGAGCAUCGACAAUAGUAAGCAUUCCGUCAAAGAUUGUUCGAAUUCGCGCGUAUGCCGCCAGUGUAAUAAACGUCAUCACACGUUAUUACAUUUCGAUAAUUCGACUCCGCCGGUGCAAACGGAGUCACCGCCAGCAACAAGCGCAAAUGUAAACGAAGUCAUGUCGCAUUUACUAUCGAAAACCGUCGCGCCUAAUCUAAUAUUUUGGCUUGCGACUGCCCGGGUGAGAGUCUAUUCGCCUGUUGGACGUUUUAUAACUGCACGCGCACUUCUGGAUCAAGGUUCCGUUUCUACGUUUAUUACCGAAUCGCUCGCGCAACGUUUACGACUCUCUAAAAUAAAUCGUUCAAUGUUCGUCACCGGCAUCAGCGAGAUGCAAUCCGUUGUCCGUCACGCCGCUCAUCUUACAAUUACGCCGGCGAAUCGCGACGAACCCGCUUAUUCAACGACCGCACUCAUUCUUCGAUCGUUGACAAAAUAUGUACCGAAUCGAAUAAGCACGACGGGUACGUGGAACCAUGUCGACGGACUCCAAUUAGCGGAUAGUGACCCCAUGAGUACCGACCCGAUUGAUAUGAUAAUCGGAGCGGAUUUAUACGGCAUGCUCGUACUCGAUGGUGUUCGACAAGGUUCCGAAACGGAGCCCACCGCGCAAAAUACUACUCUCGGUUGGAUUUUGUCCGGGCCAAUCGCUUCGUCCCCGACCAAUCUUUCGAUUUUUGAGACCGCGCAUCACGGAGUCGUCCUUGAAGCGUUAGAUUUCGACCUUCGUCGUUUCUGGGAGACUGAAGAGGUCCCUCAGACCCAACAUCAUAGCCCUGACGAGCGCAAGUGUGAAGAGCACUUUCUCGCUACCCAUUCCCGCACUCCUCAAGGACGCUAUAUUGUUAGAUUACCGUUUAAAACCGGACCACCACUCUCGUUAGGAGAAUCUCGCUUCAUUGCCGAAUCGAGCCUCUAUCGCUUAGAGCGACGUUUCAAACGCAAUCCAUCUAUCGCUUCAGAAUACCACGACUUUCUCAAGGAAUACGAAAACCUUGGUCAUAUGAUCAAAAUUCCACCGACAGAAAUUGUCCAACCGGAUCAAAGUUAUUACAUACCGCAUCAUGCUGUCUUACGUGACAGUAGUGCAACUACUCGACUGCGUUGUUUUUAA